GCUGUAUAUAUAGCCACUGACCUCUCUCUCUCUCCCCUCUCCCUCUAUAUAUCUCUCUCUUUACUUCUCACUCUCUCUUCAUAACAUUACUCUGUUCUUCUCUCUCUCUCUCUCUGUCUGUCUGUCUAUAUAGAGUUAUCUGAAGCAGUGCACUGCAGGUGUAGCUUCAGCAGAGUGCAGACUAGUUAGUUAAUUAACGGUUUUUGCUUCUCUUUAUCCCCAUUUUGCCCUUCUUCUUCUACCCACAUAGAGCGAAAGAAGACUAUUUCAUCAUGAUUAGCUGGAAAGAUCUCUACACCGUUUUAACGGCGGUGAUUCCUCUUUAUGUUGCUAUGAUCUUGGCCUAUGGCUCCGUUCGCUGGUGGAAGAUCUUCAGCCCGGACCAGUGCUCAGGUAUCAACCGGUUCGUCGCUAUUUUCGCUGUGCCGCUAUUGUCUUUCCAUUUCAUCUCCAGCAACGAUCCUUACGCUAUGAAUUUCCGGUUCAUUGCCGCCGAUACGCUUCAAAAGAUUAUAAUGCUUUUCGCUCUCGGUAUUUGGACUAAUUUCACUAAAAAUGGAAGUUUAGAAUGGAUGAUUACGAUUUUCUCCUUAUCUACUCUUCCAAACACGCUAGUCAUGGGCAUUCCUUUGUUGAUUGCCAUGUACGGCAAGUACUCCGGUAGCCUCAUGGUUCAGGUGGUGGUUUUGCAGUGUAUCAUUUGGUACACUCUUCUCUUGUUUCUUUUUGAGUACAGAGGAGCCAAGAUGUUGAUCAUGGAGCAAUUCCCUGAAACUGCAGCUUCCAUUGUUUCGUUUAAGGUAGAUUCCGAUGUUGUUUCUUUAGACGGUAGAGAUUUCUUGGAAACAGAUGCUGAGAUUGGUGAUGAUGGGAAGCUGCAUGUGACGGUGAGGAAAUCCAAUGCUUCGCGGCGAUCUUUGGGGCCUGGUUCUUUCUCUGGAUUGACUCCUCGUCCCUCGAAUCUUACUGGCGCUGAGAUUUAUAGCUUGAGUUCAUCAAGAAAUCCAACCCCAAGAGGAUCUAAUUUUAACACUUCCGACUUCUAUAAUAUGAUGGGUGUGCAGGGAUUCCCCGGUGGAAGACUCUCAAAUUUUGGUCCGGCGGACUUGUACUCGGUACAAUCUUCAAGAGGUCCAACUCCUCGGCCCUCAAACUUUGAAGAAAACUGUGCUCCAAUGGCUACAAAUUCUUCUCCAAGAUUCGGGUUUUAUCCGGCGCAAACGGUGCCAACAUCUUAUCCAGCACCAAAUCCGGAAUUUUCUUCAACGGUUUCCACAAAAAACACCAAGAAUCUUCAGCAGCAGCAACAGGAGCAACAACAGCAGCAGCAGCAGCCUCAGCAACAGAAUUCCAAAGCAAACCAUGACGCUAAGGAGCUCCACAUGUUUGUUUGGAGCUCGAGUGCCUCGCCGGUCUCCGACGUAUUUGGAGGGAACGAUUUUGGGGCAUCCCAGCCAUCUGGCCGGUCCGACCAGGGAGCCAAGGAGAUCAGGAUGUUAGUUGCUGACCACCCACAAAAUGGUGAAUCCAAAGGAGAAUUUCCUGGCGAGGACUUCAGUUUUGCUGGUAAAGUAGAAGGAGAAGAUGAAGGGCGAGAAAAAGGGGGACCCACUGGACUUAACAAACUGGGGUCGAGCUCAACCGCAGAGCUCCACCCCAAAACCUCCGGAGCACCAGAGUCUGGAGGCAACAAACAGAUGCCUCCAGCAAGUGUGAUGACCCGUCUGAUAUUGAUCAUGGUAUGGCGUAAACUGAUUCGGAAUCCAAACACAUACUCCAGUCUCAUUGGCUUGGUUUGGUCUCUAAUUUCAUUCCGGUGGCAUGUGGCUAUGCCUAAAAUAAUAGAGAAAUCCAUCUCUAUACUCUCUGAUGCUGGCCUCGGAAUGGCUAUGUUCAGCUUAGGUCUGUUUAUGGCUUUACAACCAAAGAUAAUUGCCUGUGGGAAUUCGGUGGCUGCAUUUGCUAUGGCUGUUCGCUUCCUUACUGGGCCUGCAGUGAUGGCUGCGGCUUCAAUUGCUGUUGGCCUGCGUGGUACUCUUCUCCAUGUCGCUAUUGUUCAGGCUGCACUACCACAAGGAAUUGUUCCAUUUGUGUUUGCCAAAGAGUACAACGUCCAUCCAGCCAUCCUUAGCACUGCGGUUAUCUUCGGAAUGUUAAUAGCGUUACCAAUUACCCUUGUCUACUACAUUCUCCUUGGAUUGUGAUUUUUCUCAGUGGUAUCCACAAAAUAGAGCAGAAAUGAAGAGAAUUUUGAUUGCUAAUGAUAGUGGGUCACACUUAUUGGCUUGGCAUAGCUAGCUAGCUGCAUUGACUGCCCUAUAUGUUGGAAGUAGAGGAGGAUUUCCCAAGGAAAGAAGAAUUUAAUACAAAGAAAUUUGCCAAAGGUUCCAAGAUUCUUGGAGCUAAAAAAACAUUUUAGCUUAGUUGUAAGCCCUGAUAUAAGGAGAAUGCACCCAGUAAGAUGAAAAGGAGCAAAUUAAAGAAUUAAUUGAAGGCCGUUCUUUGCAUAAGGGAGACAUGAAAGAAGAAAACAUGGGCAAAAGAGAUAAUCUAUUUCUCUUCAUUUCUAUCCGUUAGUGCAUGUAAAGUCUGAUUUCAAUAUUAAUUAUUCUCCUUGUGCUACAAAACGACAAUAAAAAAGAUUGAUGAAUUGGAUUAGAAGAUAUUAAGAGGAGAAAAGGGUAGUUUUUUUUUUUUUUUUUGCCUUUUUUCGUUUCCUUUUGUUGUAUUAGUUUAAUUUGUUCUUAGUGUUUGGCUUUUGAUUGUCCAUAGAACUGGCAAUUAUUUGUAUUUGUCUUUUUCCUCUUAUUUGUAAUUUAUAUAAGAUGUUUAUGAUAAAAAAAAAGUCAAUUAAUCA